ACAGAACCCUCUUCUCGCUCUAUCCUCUCUUCCUGUCCGUGCUAGGGUUCUUAGGGUUUUUCUCUUGCUUGGUCCUCUUCUUCGGCGACGGAGAGGCAGCGAUCGAGACGAUGAGCGGUGACAAGAAGCUGGAAGGCAUCAACCUGACCGAUCUUGCCUCGGCCCUCCCUGCCAACGCGCCAGUGAAAAAUGUGGAAAAAGUUACAAUGGUAAACAAUUAUGGGGAGAUGCUUGUUGGGGUGCUUCAUAGAACUAGUUCUGAAAAGCUUGUGAUCUUGUGCCAUGGGUUCCAAUCCUCGAAAGAAGACAAAAGUUUGUUGACCCUUGCUGAUGCAUUGACAAAGGAAGGAUUCAGUGCCUUUCGGUUUGAUUUUGCUGGAAAUGGUGAAAGUGAUGGUGUAUUCCAGUAUGGCAACUACCGAAAAGAGGCAGAUGACUUGCGUGCUGUAAUUAUUCAUUUAGCUAAGCAAAAAUACAACAUUUGUGCUAUUCUUGGGCAUAGUAAAGGAGGAAAUGCGGUGCUCUUGUAUGCAUCUAUCUAUGGUGGCAUUGAUACUGUCAUCAACAUUUCUGGCCGUUUUGCUUUAGAAAGAGGGAUAUCAGGGCGUCUUGGAAAAGAUUUUAAGCAACGAAUCAAGAAGGAUGGCUUUAUUGAUGUGAAGGACAAAAGAGGUAAGGUUGAGUAUCGGGUGAUGGAAGAGAGUUUAAUGGAUCGGUUAACCACUGAUAUGCGUGCAGCAUGCAUUUCCAUCAACAAGGAAUGCAGAGUUCUCACAGUUCAUGGUUCAGCUGAUGAGAUAGUGCCAGUUGAAGAUGCGAAAGAAUUUGCCAAACUCAUUGCAAACCACAAGCUGUGUAUCAUCGAGGGUGCAAAUCAUAAUUAUACUAAGCAUCAAUCUGAAUUGGCUUCAAUCGUGUUGGAUCUCCUUAAACGCGGCUGUCCACCAAGUUCCAAUUGUAUGAUAACUCUAAGAUCAAGGCUAUGAAAUGCUUGCAAUGAGUACACAGCUAGUGGCAAGAAAGGGAAAUGGUACAUCAGAAGUAAGAAUCACAUGCAGUUGGGUAAAUACUUCUGAAGCCCAAAUUCUUGUGAGAUUUUUCCAUAUAAGAGCUUUAGAGGCAAGCAUUCAGAGAUUUUUCUCCCCAAUCAGCAUCCAGCAUGCGUGGGGAUAAUUUAAAUUUUAGUUCAAGAACACCGGCAGACGAUGUGAUUCUUAUUGUGUAUAGAUAUUUUUACAGAUUCUUAAUAAUGUAUAUUUAUACAUACAUUUUUGAUACUA